GUUGAGCUGUAGUCCCUAAUAGCUCAAACCGUGCCAGCUGUUCAAGGAACGAUCGACAGCAAAUUUGCCAAAACACUGCAACGGAAUGAAACGGAGACAGCAAUAAUCUGCCAAGUAGGCAUCAAAACACAGCAUAAUGGAGUUAUACAAGUCGUUGGGCUUGGCCUUGCUCGUGUUGCUUGGACUAUGCUCUCAGUAUGCGUUGCGAGAUAAGGGAGCAACUCUGGACUCGCGGCCAAGCUCAGCGGCGAGCGGCUGGGCCACCUUCAGUUGGCCGUUCGCCGCCGUGUCGGUGGCGGGGCCCCGGCGCACACUCCUCCAGGACGUUGAGAAUGACAAGCACGCGGACGAGGUGGUGCAUCAGCUCAUCGUCCGCCUGAACGCCUCGCGCCUGGCGCCGCUGCCGGUCAGGCCGCAGGAGCGCUGUGUGCUCACACGCGGCAACUGGUGCAUGCAGUUCCACCUGCAGGAGCCAGUGCCUCGCUUCCCGCCUCCAUACUACGACAAGCCCUGCCCCAACGACUGCAACGGUGUGGGCAACUGCAACCACGAGUACGGCACGUGCUCCUGCCCCGCCGGCUGGGGCGGCGCCGACUGCAGCCAGCCCCGCAAGCGGCCCUGCCACCACAUGGGCGAGGGCAAGCGCGACGCAGGCUGGCACAACCUCACUGCCUGGAGCCACACGCGAUGCGCGGGCGUGUGUGAUGACGACGUGGCGAUGUGCUACUGCCCCGCCGACACCAAGUACGGACACAGGGAGGCGCCGCCGGGGGCCAAGCCGGGCACGCCGCCGGAGCAGCGGGGCCGCCCGCUGUUCAUGUGCACGCCGGGCACAGACAAGGACGGCAAGAAGGUGCUGUGGGGCGGCACCCCCUACGAGGACAUGUUCGGGCCGGAGGGCUGGUGCAACGCCGACAAGCCCAAGUUCACGUGCCCGUGCAGGCUGGACGGUCUUCUGGGGCUGACGUGCUCGGAGGUGGUGGAGCAGACCUGCACCAACCAGUGCUCGGGGCACGGCGAGUGUAACCAGGGUUUCUGCAAGUGCCGUGCGGGCUGGUACGGCGUGGACUGCGGGCUGCGGCGCAGGGGCGUAUUGCCGCAGCCGGGCGACCAGUGGACCACGAAACCCUGGAUCGAGCCCGUGCUGACGCACACCGUGGCCACGGAGGACCCGCCGCUGACGCCCGUACGGCGGCGGCCGUACAUCUACGUGUACGACAUGAAGUCCGACUUCGGCACGGACCUGCUGCAGUACCGGAUUGAGGGCUCGCACUGCUUGUACAGGAGCUUCGCCCGGGCCAACCAGACCAGCUUCGUGGGCUACAACGCCUACGCCGCCGAGCCCGUGCUGCACGAGCUGUUCCUCACCUCGGAGCACCGCACCCUGGACCCCGAGGAGGCCGACUUCUUUUUCGUGCCCGUCAACGUGGGCUGCCUGUUCGACGUGUACGGAUGGAACGAGAUCCCCAGGUGGCCGCGCGGCCUGCUCGGACCCCGCACGCACGGCGCGACGAUGAUGCAGCGCGAGGCGGCGCGCUGGCUCAACGCCACCUUCCCCUACUUCGCCCGCCGCGGCGGCCGCGACCACAUCUGGCUGAACCCACACGACGAGGGCGCCUGCUACGUGUGGCGGGAGGUGUGGCCGGGCGUGAUGCUCAGCCACUGGGGGCGGAUGGACUUCCCGCACGCCUCCAACACCGCGUACGGCCAGGACAACUACAGCCUGCCGCUGCACCACGACUCCCACCCGGGCGACUGGCGUGACCACACCUCGCUCACACACCCCUGCUUCGACCCCAAAAAGGACCUGGUGAUCCCGGCCUUCAAGCAGCCGCAGCUGUACAACAAGAGCCCCUUCCUGGGGGCGCCGGUGCGGGAGCGCGACGUGUUCGCCUUCUUCAUCGGCGACCUGCGCAUGGAGCCGGGCCGCGACCCCGCCUGCAGAUACAGCAGGUGCAUCCGCCAGCGGCUGUACAACAUCAGUCGCGAGCAGCACUGGCGCGAGGCGCACGGCGUCAUGUUCGGGGAGCGCAAGGACAUCGGGGGGGACGCCAGCUACAGUGAGCUCUUGUCGCGGUCCAAGUUCUGUUUCGUACUGCCAGGCGACGGCUGGUCCCCCCGCUGGGAGGACGCGGUCCUGCACGGCUGUGUGCCCGUGGUCAUCAUGGACGACGUGCAGGUGGUGUUUGAGUCGCUCAUCGACGUGUCCCUGUUCAGCCUGCGCAUCGCUGAGUCGGACCUGGGCCGGGUGGUGGAGGUGCUCAAGGGCGUCAGCGAGGUGCGGCUGGCGGAGAUGCAGGCGCACCUGGCCAAGGUGUGGCACAGGUACCGCUACAUGGGCCUGCGCAUGCUGGACGACUCGGCCCGAGCCUACCUGUGGGACUACCGCGCAGACGCCGGCGGCAAGGCGCCCCGCACCCCCGGGGCCGAGUUCAGCGUCAGUCGCCAGGACGACGCCUUCGCCACCAUCCUGCAGUGGCUCUAUCACCGCAUCCCAGACGUGCACGGCACACAGCAGGGCGGGAGCAAGGGCGCCGCGGCGGCGGCGGCGGGCGCGGGCGCGCUGGUGGGUGCGGCGGCGGGAGUGGGGGCGGGAGUGGGCGUGGCCGCCGCCUGAGGUGUUGCCGCGGAGUGGGAGGUGAAGUCAGCGAGUGGAGUAUUAGGGUAGAGCUGGUGCAGGGCGUGGAUGGGUUCGUGCCGUUCAUUUGUGCACACGCACACACGCACAGGAUGCACCUCCGUCCUUUUUGCAGACAGAUGGUCCUUUUGCAGACAGAUGAUGCGGGGUGUCGCGUUUUGUGGCUGGGAGUCCUCUGGCUGAUGCUUGGGGGCGGCGGGGCUGCCGGCAGGGGUCUCUGGCAGCUGUUGUGUGGGGCAGAGCGGAGGGCAGGCAUGUGCACAUGGCCGUGGGGCCACGGGCCUGGCACCGUGUAAUACUGUAAUGUCAUCGAGAAAGUAAG